AUGGCAGAGUUUCUUCCUGGAGACGGUCCUUUGAUUUGGCAUGUUCGGGGAUGCAUGGCCGCGACAUCGCAGAAAGGAUCUACGGGGAAUGUGCGGGAUCUCUUGCUGGAGGAUAUGUCGCUACUCGCGCGCACACCACGAGAACUCCAAGAGAUUGCAGGCGGUACAGGUAGCCGCUUGAAGCCUUGUAGCGACACGGUGCAAGUGCCACAACUGCGUCAAAAUCCUGGGCAGAUAGCCUGCAAGCUCUUCGUGCGGGUCCUCUCUGCUUCUUUGCCGGGACUGCCCGAGCCUGGAGUGCUUUCGAGAUCUCGUCCUUAUCUUGAAGUCAGCCUGGGCUCCGUGCAGAAGGACACAGAGCCAGCAGAUUUCAGUCCCUCCUCGUCUUCGUCGAAGGAGGAGAUAGAGUCGCCUUGGCGGUUCGAUGAGAUGCUGACAUUCACGGUGAAGGUGGAGGAUCUUCUGGGGCCCGGGUUGAAGCUCCGGCUCCGUGUGCUCAACGAGACACAGCUCGGGCCUUUCCAAUUCCAAGGACGGCCAGGAGACGUCGGGGAGGCCACCUUGGAGCUGCAAAGGCGGAUCCUGCCUUCUUGCCUGCAGCAGCCGUUGGAGUCAGACAAGCGGCGAUGCGUGUGGACCAGCCCCUUGAUGCCGGUUCCCUUAGCGCACAUGCGCGGAGGAAUUCUGGGGGCCGAGUGCAAGUUGGGGCAGGCCGUUGCUCACGUUACGCUUCGCUUCACCGUGGACACAGAUCCGGACUACUUGCUGGAUCUCGUGCGACCACAGACCCUCAAUCUCGAGCAGAAGUUGCGGGACAGUGCAGAUGAGAUGUCCAGAUGGAUAGAAAGCUUACCGGCGCCGCCCGCGUGCUGCUGUCAGCCCUCCUUCGACCAGGUGGAUCCCUUGGAUGUGGAUGCUGUGGUAGGGCGAGCUGCGCUGCGUGCAUGGACUGUGGCUGAUGUGCAGAAGCCUUUGCCGGCUCCGGACCUCUCCCCCGAAAACUGGGUGAGCACAGUAGGGCCGAAUGGGCGGAGGUAUUGGCACAAUCUCGCACUGGGCCCGGCGCCCUGGGAGGAGUCGGAGGCCUCGCCGUCUUCGCCCAGCCUUCCCAGCCCCGACGAAGUGCCCAGUGGCUGGAUCUACCGGGAAGGUGCAGACGGCCGGCGGUUCUGGCACCACGCUGACCUGGGCCCUCCGCCCUGGGAGCUUCCCGCCGCACAGGCUUCCGAAGGACCUGCGAGCGGCGGAGGCCAGUUUGAAGUGACCGUCUAG